AGGCAUUGCUUUCCCUCCCGGAAACACAGAGCUGCAGGUCGCCGUGCCACCGACACCGUCUGCGUGGGCCAGCAGGAUUUCACUUUGCACUCCGGACACCCCCAGGUGAGCGCAGAGCCCACGCAGCACCAGGAAGAGCUCAGCAAAGCGUUGGAUGCUGACAGCGGCCGCGCGAUGGACAGGGUCACCCGGCACAUGGUCUUCCAGUUCCCGCACACACGCGACCACAACGAUGCAUCCAUGGAUGGAGACGAUGAUAUAUUUGACUACAGCAGCCAGAAGGAGAACGGCUACGAGCAGAAAAGCAGGCUGAAGUCACCUUCGUAUUUCCUGGAGACUGGGAAGGAUGUGUGGAACCCAUCCCCAGACAGGGAGUCCCAGCUGGAGGUGGUGCGGUCAGGGAACCUGUAUGACCUGAGGGCUUACAGGGGGGAGAGGAAGCCCUCCAAGCUGUACGAGGAUGAUGAGCCGGACCCAUAUAGGCUGCAACCCCCAAACAUCUCCCCCGAAAAAGCAAAGGAGCUGGAGGACAAGAGGAGGGAGGUGAUCCGGGGCCAAGUGGUGCGGAAGAGCUCCACUAUGGCUGAGAAGUGGAGCUCCGCGGAUGAGCUGAGCUCCGUCACCGCAGGUGGGCAAAGCCACGGCGUCCCCGGUGCCUUUGCCAUCCACUUUGAUAAGCCCUCCCCGGGUCGGGCUGUGACAACCGUGGACCCGGAGAGCAUCGACAGGGAGCAGAUCAACUUCUCGGCUGCACGGCAGCAGUUCCUCAUGCUGGAGAAGAGCAGCCCUGGUGCUUUGUUCAGCCCAGGGUACGUCACGUCCCCAAGGCCGGAGGUGACGGUCAGAACCUCCAGGCAGGAGUGGCACAGCCCUGACACCACCACGAGGGCUGAGAGGGGCUGUGGUGACAACACAGAGCCCACACAGGGCAGGAUGGACCAGAGCAUCUACACGGUGUACAGCGUGCAGCACCAGGCCUCGGGGAAGGAGGAUGGCUAUGCCCGUGGGAAGGGUAACACCAACGUGUCACAUCCCACAGGGAAAGCACUUGGCCUGGCCAGAGCAUCGUCCAGGGACGACCUGGACUCGGGGCUGGGGGAGAUGUACAGUGCUGAAUACAGCAGCAAUGGCAGCGAUGUCCCAAAUGGCCUCGGGGAUGUAAAGGAUGAUGCUAGGGGUUCAGAGGAGGGCAGCGGUGAGACGCCCAUCGAGAGGGAGAUCCGGCGGGCAAUGGAGAGGGAGGAGAGCCUAUGGAAGGAGCGGGGCAUGCAGAGGCUGACGUCCAGCAGCGAGCUGGUGGAGAUCCAGACCAAACCACUGCUGUCCCUGAACGCGGCCCCAGCUCAGGGAAGGAAAGGGAAGGACAAAGGCCGCGCAUCCUUUAACGUCCAGAAGGAAAUAGAAAAGGAAACAAAACGUGAGGAAGACCUGCGGAGGCAGGGCAGGCUGCCGGGGCUCUACGACCGCGGCACGUCGCAGGAGCUGGGCGAGCUGCGGAGGGUUUUCGAGCAGGAGGAGCAGCCGCCGUCCUCCAGCCGCUGGGUGACCGAGCGGCCUCGGAGCCCCGGAGACGGCUUUAGCGACGGCACCCGCACCGGGAAGGCCUUCUCCAGCCCCGCUGCGACCCCUCCGCACCAACGGGGCCGGGAUGAGCUCUGGCUGUACGAGCGCUCUUCCGCCGGCACGAGGGCGAGGGAGGAUUCCGCGGGAGGAAAGCUGCCCGGCUCCACCCCGAGCCCCGUCCUGCGCAAAGAGCAUUUCGCCCUCAGCUUCUGGCAGCCCCGCAUCUCCGUCUCCGACGCUAUGGGCACGCGGAGCGCAGCGAGAAGGGAGCGGAGCCCCGACGGUGAGCACGGCCGGGAUGAGCAGUACACCCUGCGCACGUGGAGACCGCAGCGCUCGGCGUUGAUCGACAAAGAGAUCCUCCGCGAUCUGCAGCGAGAGGAGGAGCUGCAGGAGCAGCGGAGGAGGCGGUUGAUGGACGGCGAGGACGGCACGUCCAGGGAGAGCUCCCGUUCGAGGCACAGCUCGGCCGCCUCGGGUACCAGCGGCUCUUACUCGGUGUCCAGCUCGCCAGUCCUGGCCCCGCAGCAGCCGGGCGUUCUGGGCCUGGUCUCGUCCUUCACCCCAUUGAGGCUGAGCUGCUCCGAGAGCUCCGGCCCCGAUUCGUUGCGGUGCAGCCCGUCGGAAGAGAGGAGGAGGAGAACGAAGGAGGAGGGCAAGUACGCGGGCAUCGAACCCAUUGACAGAAUCAACACGGAGGUGGUGGAGAGCACGCGGGUGGUGCGGCAUCAGAGCGCUAUGGGGCAGCGCUGGGAGAGCGGGCAGCUGAGCACCGACAGCGACUGAACGGGGGGGAGGGGGGGCUGCGCAGAUCCCAGCGGCUGAUCCGAUCCGUUCGACAUCCGAAUUGCUUUCACCUUUUUCCCUUCGAGGUGAAGCCAUAGUUUGUUUUUAUUUAAAGGCGGGGACGCUGAUCAUUUUGUUUAAAGGCUGAUCAUUUUGUUUUAAUUACUUCUGCAAGGAGGCGGCUGGACGGAGAGAAAUCAUACGGUGAUUGAAGGUCCUUCUCAUUGCAAGCUGUGUUUGUGGCUUAUAAAAGUGAAUGUUUUGUUUUGGAGUGGUUUUAGGCUUUCAGGCAACACCCAGGAAAGCCCCGGGGCUGACAUGCAACACCGAGGAGAAAUCGAGGCUUCUGAUUGAGUCGUUGAUCUGCUGAGGCACAGCCAUAGAUGACACAUUAAUGCUGUUUAUAUUGCUAAUUUAUUAAAGUUGUCUCUCUCA